AUGGCGCUGUCAGCCCGGGGGCAGGAGGACAUCCCCGAAGGAGCCUCCACGCUGGCCUUCGUGUUUGAUGUGACCGGCUCUAUGUACGACGACCUGGUGCAGGUUAUCGAAGGCGCGUCCAAGAUCCUGGAGACGUCCCUGAACAGACCCAAGCGGCCACUCUACAACUUCGCCUUGGUGCCCUUCCACGACCCAGAGAUCGGCCCAGUGACCAUCACCACUGACCCCAAGAAGUUCCAGUUCGAGCUGAGGGAGCUCUACGUCCAGGGAGGAGGCGACUGUCCAGAGAUGAGCAUUGGUGCCAUAAAGAUCGCCCUGGAGAUCUCUCUACCGGGCUCCUUCAUCUACGUGUUCACUGACGCCCGCUCCAAAGACUACCGGCUGACCCAUGAGGUGCUGCAACUCAUCCAGCAGAAGCAAUCUCAGGUGGUGUUUGUGCUGACGGGAGACUGCGAUGACCGCAAUCACAUCGGAUACAAAGCCUAUGAAGAGAUUGCGUCCACCAGCUCUGGACAAGUCUUCCAUCUGGACAAGAAACAGGUCAAUGAGGUGCUUAAAUGGGUAGAAGAAGCUGUGCAGUCAUCAAAAGUCCACCUGCUAUCCACUGACCACUCCGCCGCGGUCAGCAACACAUGGCGCAUCCCCUUUGACCCUAGCCUCAAGGAAGUGACCGUAGCUCUGAGCGGCCCAGGACCAAGCAUCCGUAUCACCAAUCCACAGGGUAAACUCAUUGGGAAUUCGGAUGGCCUGAAGGAACUGUUACACAUCCCUAACUCAGCUAAAGUGGUGAACAUAAAGGACCCCCAGCCCGGAACGUGGUCUAUCCAGACGUCCAGUGCGGGCAGACACUCAGUGCGCAUCUCGGGCCUCAGCCACAUUGACUUCAGAGCUGGCUUUUCCAGGAACCCCACUCUGGACUUUAAAAAGACCAUGAGCCGCCCCGUGCAAGGUAUCCCCACACACAUCCUCUUGAACAGUACCGGCCUGACUCCUCCAGCACGUGCAGACCGUCUGGAGCUGUUGACCAUCAGCGGAAAGGUCAUCAAAACACUCAUUCUCUUUUUUCCCCUGCGUGAACCCUACGGCCUCUACAACGUCACGCAAUUCACCCCUCCAGACGAGGCCUUCUUCCUCCGCGUCACAGGAUAUGACAAAGACGGAUUCAUAUUCCAGCGAGUGUCAAGUGUGUCCUUUUCAAACAUUCAACCGGAUGCUCCCACAGUGUUUAUGCCGCCCACCACACCUGGAUACUACCUCCAAAAUGGCGCCAUUACCUGUCAAGUACAAAGCUUAAUCCCAUUCACGCUCCGAUUUAGCAGAGAUGGGAGGAAACUCGGUGUGGAGCAACUUUACAGUGACUCUGUAAAUGCGUCCUUGGAGCUUUCCCAGGUGACUUUGAAAGAUGAAGGAAACUACGAAUGUGUUGCCAUCAGUAAAGCUGGAACUGGCAAAGCGCGCACUUUCUUAGACGUCUCAGAGCCCCCCCCGGUCAUCACAAUGGGCGCUAACGUCACCGCGGCCCCGGGCUCCAGCGCUGUUCUUACGUGCCAUGUGGUCAGUGCGGUCAGCUUUAACGUGUCGUGGCUCAGAGAGGGCCGUGACGCUGGCCUGGACCCCCACGUGCUCGUCCUGUCCGACGGAUCCCUGCGCCUCGAUGACCUCAGCCCAGCGCAGACGGGACAGUAUCAGUGUGUGGCCGAGAAUGAGGGCGGGCGCAGCAGGGAGCGGGUUUAUCUCACCGUGCAAGAGGCGCCUCGGGUUUCAGUCCAUCCGAGAAACCAGACGUUCCAAACGGGGGAUGAAGCCCGGAUUGGGUGCUCCGCCACAGGGCACCCUCCUCCACGACUCGCCUGGACUCACAACGACAUGUUCCUCAUGGCGUCCAGCAGACACAGACUGACCACAGACGGAGUACUGGUCAUCAGAAAUAUGCAGCAGAAGGACCGAGGCGCGUACGGCUGCAUCGCGAGUAACCAGGCUGGAGUGGACACCAUGGUCGCUGCGGUCACUUACACAGAGUCUCCGGUGGUGACAGUGGCGUUGAGUGAGAUUCUCAUCGGCAUCGGGGAAACCACAGUGAUGGCUUGCUCUGCCUCGGGGAUCCCCCCGGCCGAGAUCUGGUGGUACAAAGGUGACGUGCAGCUUCAGCCCUCCGCCACCUUCGACAUAAACCGAGUGGAGGGAACUCUGGUGAUCAAGGAGACUUUGGACAUAGACGCAGGGGAAUACUCCUGUGUGGCUGUGAAUGCUGCCGGCACAGCGUCGGGGAAAGUCCUGCUGGAUGUUGGAGCCGCCCCCACAUUUGUCCGAGAGCCUUUGGACAUGAGUGCAGAGAUCAGCUCCAGUGUCACCCUGCAGUGCCAGGUGCAGGGGUACCCCCACCCUCAGGUGACAUGGUGGAGGCAGGACAGCCUAGCGCUCUUCAACAGACCCCGUGAACAAGGCUCUGUCCUCCAGAGAAACGGAGACCUCAUCUUCACAAAUCUGUGGGUGGAGGAUGAUGCUGUGUACGUCUGCCAGGCUCAGAAUAAGUUUGGAUCAAUCAAAGCGGAGGCCAGACUCACAGUGACCGGCCUGGUGUCCCCGGUCUUGGCCCUGAGCCCCGCGGUGCUCAGUGUAGUGAAGGAGCAGCCGCUAACGUUACCAUGUGUCCUGCUGGCUGGAAACCCUCUCCCCGACAAGAGCUGGCUGCACAACUACGGCCUGCUGACCUCAGACCAGUACUUGACCGUGAGGAAGGAUGGAAGUCUGCACAUAGACCGGGUGCGGCUGGAGGAUGCCGGAGACUACACCUGUUUGGCAGAAAAUGCGGUUGGAGCCACUAAUCACACUACGACUGUCCUUGUCCACGUCGUUCCAACCAUUCAACAUGGCCCUCAAGUUUUCAGUACCAUCGAGGGAGUGCCCAUCUCGCUCCCCUGUCGCGCCAACGGGAUUCCAGAUCCUGAAACCACCUGGUCCAAAGGCGGGGCAUUGCUGCACUUGGGUGGUCCCCUGUUCUCCCUGCGCUCUGAUGGAACUCUUCACAUCCAUUCUCCCACUGGAAACCAGAGCGGAGAGUUCCUCUGUGCAGCCACUAAUGCAGCUGGCUCUGCCACGAGGAAGGUCCAGCUCACGGUCUACGUGCGCCCCAGGCCCAUCAGUGGAGCAGCCGGCUCCUCAGCUCCUCUGGAGCUGUCUGUGGUAGAAGGGGAGGAGGUCCUUCUCCCCUGUGAGGUCCACAGUGUUCCUCCUCCCUCCAUCAGCUGGGCCAAGGACCGGCAGCUCAUCUCCCCUUUUUCAACCCGGUAUUUGCAGCUUCCCUCGGGCUCUCUGAGGAUCCUGGAGACUGGAGAGUCCGACGCUGGCCUGUACGUGUGCGUCGCCUCCAACAUCGCUGGGAACCUGACGCUGACCGUGCAGCUCAGUGUUCUGGUUCCUGCCAGUAUCCAGGCCGGUCCCAGGGUGAUGAAGGUGCUGCUGGGGCACUCAGUGGAGCUGCCCUGCGUGGCUCAUGGUUCCCCCCAGCCGGAGCUCAGCUGGAGCAAAGAUGGCAGGACGUACCCAGUGUCUCCAGAUGGAAGUCUGCUUUUCAGGAAGGUCUCCCUAGAAGACCAGGGCAGUUAUACGUGCACAGCGGAGAACAGAGCAGGCAGAGCCCAGGCCCAAGUCCAGCUGCAGGUGCAAGUUCCUCCAGUUGUAGAGAUCCUAGAGCCACCAUUCAACAGUCCUUUGCAGGAGCGCGUGGCAAACCAGAAGAUUGCCUUUCCCUGUCCUGCGAAAGGUCUUCCAAAGCCUGUGAUUCGCUGGUUACGCAACGGUCAAGAGUUGACAGGGAACGAGCCGGGCGUUUCCAUCCUUGACGACGGCACGCUGCUCAUACUGACCUCCAUCUCUCCUCUGGACAACGGAGAGUACACGUGUGCUGCAGCCAACGACGCGGGUUCCACCGAGAAGAAGUACCAACUCAAAGUCAAUGUUCGCCCGGAUUUCUUGAGCGGUGAGACUCCAGGCAACAUGUCAGUGGUGCUAAACCAGCCCACCUCCCUCCGGUGUGACGUGACGGGCAGCCCCCCCCCGGUCAUCAGCUGGUUCAAAGACGGCCUCGCUGUACUACCCCCGACCAUAGAAGGAGCAGUGGACGGUCCCUCUGUGAGGAAAGUGGUGCUGAGUCAGACGCUGGUGCUGUUAUGUGAGGCUGGGGGUCACCCUCCCCCCUCUCUGACCUGGCUGAAGGACAGUGUGCCGGUCCAGCAAAGUGAGAGUCUGCAUGUUCUGGACCAGGGGAGGAGGAUCCAGAUCAGCUCUGUUGCUGUGUCCGACUCCGGGCGCUACACCUGUGUGGCCACAAGCAUCGCCGGAGAAAAGGAGAUCAAAUAUGAUAUUGUUUCUAGUGACCGAGUUGAAAUAGUGGAUUCAGGAAAGAGUCUUAAACUGUUGCACGCUGCCAGAGCAGAUGCAGGGAGCUACAGCUGUAAAGCCGUAAACAUCGCUGGCAGCUCAGAGAGAGACUUCUUCCUGGACGUGCUGGUGCCACCGAGCAUCAUAGGGUCGGCCUCUGCUCUGGACGUCACCGCUGUCCUCAAACAGGAGGUGCUGCUGGAGUGCAAGGUGCAAGGCCUGCCCUUUCCCUCCAUACACUGGCUUGUUUUUCUUGGUGAUCCAAAUAUAGAAGUCAAACAUAAAGGACAGGUUUUGAAAAUAAAAAGUGCUCGUUUGGGAGACCAAGCUCGCUAUCAGUGCAGUGUCACAAACACGGCGGGCAAACAGUCCAAAGAUUUCAACCUCAGUGUGUUUGUGCCGCCCUCCAUAAAAACAGGGGACCUUACGUCAGAAGUGACUGCCCUCUUGGACACUGCAGUGACGCUGGAGUGUGAGGCACGAGGAGUCCCCGUACCCUCCAUCACCUGGUACCGGAACCAAGAGCCUAUCCUAUCCCACCGCCAGGCCCAGUACGUGGAGAAAGGCCGCUACCUGAAGAUCCCCCGCGCUCAGGCGUCUGACGCAGGCCUCUACAUGUGCAGAGUGACCAGUGUGGCCGGCAGUGCUGACAAGACAUACAAACUGGAUGUGUAUCUACCCCCGACCAUAGAAGGAGCAGUGGACGGUCCCUCUGUGAGGAAAGUGGUGCUGAGUCAGACGCUGGUGCUGUUAUGUGAGGCUGGGGGUCACCCUCCCCCCUCUCUGACCUGGCUGAAGGACAGUGUGCCGGUCCAGCAAAGUGAGAGUCUGCAUGUUCUGGACCAGGGGAGGAGGAUCCAGAUCAGCUCUGUUGCUGUGUCCGACUCCGGGCGCUACACCUGUGUGGCCACAAGCAUCGCCGGAGAAAAGGAGAUCAAAUAUGAUGUCAGAGUAUUGGUCCCUCCCUUCAUCUUGAAUGCAGAUGUAGCUACAGACAGCACAGUGAUCAUCAACAGUCCUCUGGAGCUGGAGUGUGAGGUCACAGGGACCCCUCCUCCGACCAUAACGUGGUACAAAGGCGGGCAGGCCGUACUGCAGGGCGAAGGGCUUCGAGUGGCAGCCAGUGGGAGGCGCUUGGUCGUGUCCCGGGCCCAGCUCUCAGACACGGCUUGGUUCCAGUGUGUGGCCACGAAUGAGGCGGGAGACCAUGAGAGGGACUUCAAUGUGCUCGUGCAUGUUCCUCCCUCCAUCCGCUCGGCUGGGGCUGCUGAGCGCUCCGUAGUCCUGCAGAAGUCUCUCAGUCUGGAAUGCAUCUCCAGCGGCGUUCCCCCUCCCAGCAUCACCUGGCUCAAAAAUGGCCGACCUCUGGACACAACCAAAGAGCACCUGAAGCUGGACUCUGCGGGCCGCUUGUUGAGGAUCACAGAAGCGAGACUGGACGAUUCGGGAAAAUACACAUGUUUGGCCACGAAUGCAGCCGGAGAGGCCCAGCAGCACAUCCGGCUCAGUGUCCACGAGCCUCCCAGUUUCCCCAACGCAGGAGACAUGAUGAACCAGACCAUCCUGUCAGGUUUUUCCACUGCGCUCGAGUGCAAGGCCUCGGGAAGCCCUUUACCAGGUGAGAAAGAGCAAAUGUACUCAUCACAUUACUGUCAUGGAUCGUUUUAA